AUUUAGUGACUGACGGCGCUCGCAAUAUGGUAUCUGCAUAUCGGGACUGGUUUGAUGACGAUCCACGUGAAAUUGGCGACGAUGGCGACGAAAAUUUAGAAAUCCUGGAUACACUUGUAUCAGAACAGGAUGACGACGACAUUUUGGAGGCUGAGGAGAGGACAGCUCAGACUUCGACGAUAGCGGCAGCGACGAGGGACAACUUCUGGAGAUUCCAUUAGGGCUCGUAUUUCGAAUUUCUUGCUACGCACACACGCUACAACUGGUUGCUAAAGAUGCGAUCAAUAAGAAUCCAAAAAGUCAAAAAGUGCUCAAAAACAUUCAUGGAAUUGUAAAUUUUUUUAAUAAAUCAAAUUACUGGAAGGCUCGAUUACGAAGUGUGAUGGGAAAGGAAUUGAUCAAGCCUUCACUAACCCGAUGGAAUUCAAAUUAUUACGUACUUAAUCGAUUGACUGAGGAGACUAUCUACGAAACUGUGUCAAAUCUGAUUUUGGAAGCAUGGAUAUCUCCGAGGAGACCAAAGAAUGUUCCGGAUAUCCCCUUGAUGCAGGAUAAGGCAAUGUUGGUGGAACUGCGGAACCUCUUGUCUCCAGUGGCGGAAGCCACCAAUGCUCUUGAAGCAGACGGGAUAACGUCGAGUCUAAUUUACGACCAGAUAGUAUCCACUUUUGAUGAAAUUGCGAGAACUGAGACCACAUAUUUUACACCACUUAAAUCUCAACUCCUUCAACAAAUCAUUCGUCGCUUUGGAGAAAACAUAAAACUUGAUAACCACUUAUUUAUCAGUGCUGUUCUUGACCCUAGGCAAAAACUCGACGUUUUUCGAAUGAAUAUUUGUUCCAAUGGUGUCACAAAACUGGAUACGCCAACAGUUGGGACAGUGACAAGUUUCUUGAGGGCACUGGCUUAUCCCAAUGGGCCGCCGAAGACCACUCACAUAAUUCCAACUCAGACUUUGAAUAAUCCAUGUUCAAAAUUAUCAGCGAUUCCGACACAAACAAGCUCUCAAAAUGAUGAGGUUGACCGUUAUUUAUCACUUCCUCGAAUUCUCCCAACUUCGGACCCCCUGGAGUUUUGGGCUCAAAACAAGUCAAUUUUUCCCAAUUUAAGCAACUUGGCAAAACAAUUCCUGGCAAUACCUGCCACGACGGCUGGACCCGAACGAUUGUUCUCUUCAACUGGGUCUCUGGCGAGGGCUCGACGAUCGAGUCUGAUGCCUGUGACUUUAGAAAAUAUGGUCCUCCACAAGCAACACCGUCUUCCCACCUUAAUCAAGAAGAACGGAAAUCGCCUAAAGUCGAGGAAGAGAACAAUUGCUACAGAUAAGAUAGCAAGUAAAAUUAUGCACGAUAAGAACGAUAAGACUGAAGAGAUUGUUGACUGAUAAUUUUCAUUUAACAUACAGCUGAUAUUGCUCAUGAAAAGUUUUUUGUCAAAACCGUAUAAGAUAUUUAUAAAAUUUAUUAAUUAUGUAUUGUUUUUACU